CAGAAACCCUCCACCUCGGAGAUGCUGCGGCUGCUGCUGCCUCUGCUGUGGGCAGGGUCCCGGGCUCAGGAUGCGAGAUACCGGCUGGACGUGCAGGGGUCCGUGACGGUGCAGGAGGGCCUGUGCGUCCGCGUGCCCUGCUCCGUCUCCUAUCCCUGGGACAACUGGAACGACUCUGUCCCCGCUCACGGCUACUGGUUCCGAGAAGGGCCCAAUUUCAGCCGGGAUCCUCCAGUGGCCACAAACAACCCAGAUCGUGAGGUGCUGACGGAGACCCAGGGCCGAUUCCGCCUCCUUGGAGACCCCCGCACCUACAACUGCUCCCUGGACAUCAGAGAUGCGAAGAAGGCGGACACAGGGACAUACUUCUUUAGGGUGGAGAGAAGGCCUACUGCAAAAUAUAAUUACCUAGGGAACCAGGUCUCCGUACAUGUGACAACUCUGACAGAGACACCUGACAUCCACGUCCAGGGGACCCUAGCAUCUGGCCGCCCCAGGAACAUCACCUGUUCAGUGCCAUGGGCCUGUGAGAGGGGGACACCCCCCACCUUCUCCUGGAUCGGGGUCCCCCUCACCUCCCUGCACCCCAAGACACCCCACUCCUCAGUGCUCACCCUCACCCCGGGGCCCCAGGACCACGGCACCAACCUCACCUGUCGAGUGACCUUCCCCGGAGCUGGCGUGAGCACAGAGAGGACCAUCAGGCUCAACGUAUCCUAUGCUCCACAGAAGCUGGUCAUCCGUGUCUUCUGGGGAAAUAGCACAGAUGGGGAGUCCCUGGAGAUCCUGGGCAAUGCCACUCCCCUUCGAGUGCUGGAAGGCCAGUCCCUGUGCCUUGUCGGUGUCGACAGCAACCCACCCGCCAGGCUAAGCUGGGCCAGGGGGAGCCUGACCCUGAGCCCCUCGCAGCCCACCAACCAGGAAGUCCUGGAGCUGCCGCGAGGACUCACGGGAGAUGAAGGGGAAUUCACCUGCGGAUCUCAGCACCCUCUUGGCUCCCAGCAUAUCUCGCUGAGCCUCUCGGUGCAGAGGCAGCCAGGGCACGUGGCAGGGGUGCUUCAGGUGGCCAUCUGGGAAGCGGCUGUCAAGAUCCUGCUCCUCCUUCUCUGCCUCUUGGUCCUCCUAGUGAGGUCCUGCAGGAGGAGGGCAGCCAGGCCAGCAGGGGGCGUGUCAGAUGAAUACCGGAUCCCGGGUUACCCCUCAGAUUCAUUCAGCAAGUAUUAUUGAAGACCUACUAUGUGCAGCACUGUCAUAGACAUCCCGGUACAUCAGUGUACACCAUUUCAAAAAUCUCUAAUAUCUAAAGGACAUGACUAGACACUCUGGCAAAGAAGAUGAUAGAAAUGGUCAGUGAGCACCAAAACCAGAUGCUCAACAUCAUGAGUCAUUGGAGAAAUGCAAAUCAAAACCAUCCUGAAAUAUUGAUUCACACACAUUAGGAGAGCAGUUACAUAAAUAACAAAAAAUUCAAAACAGAAAAUAAGAAGUGUUGGUGAAAAUGUGGACAUGUUGGAACAAUUGUGUGUGGCUUGUGGGAUGUGAUAAUGGUGCAGCUUUGUGGAAAAUGCUUUGAAUAGCCUCCAGAAGUUCAAGAGAAUUCCCUUGAGACCCGGCACCUGCACUCCUAGGUAUGUACUCAAAGCGAUUCAAAGCUUGGGCUCAAACACAUACUUGCCCACUGUGGUUCAUAGCAGGAAAAUUCACAGAAGUGGUGGAACUAAUCCUAGCAUCCAGCAACUGAAGAAUGGAUGGACCAAAUGUGGUAGACACAUACAACAAAAUAUCAUUCAGCCUUACAAAGAAACACAUGCAAUUCCAACACAUGCUACAAAGCUGAACACUCUUGAAAACAAGAUGUUACCUGCGAGAAGAUAGACAAAAAAGGACAAAUAUCAUUUGAUUCUGCUUGUAUGAGCUCCCUACAAGGCAAAUCCAUCGAAACAGAACGUGGAAUGGUGUUGCUUGCAGCUAGGGAUGGGGGAAUGGUGAGAAGUUGUUGUGUAACUGGAGCAGAGUUUCUGUUUGGGAUGCUGAGAACAUGCUGGAAAUAGAGGGUGAUGAUGGCUGCACUAAUGUCAUGAAUGAACUUAGUGCCACUGAAUUGUACUCUAUACAGUGUUAAAAAUGGCGUUUUGUUUUAUGGCUUUUUAGAAUCGAGAAGUACUUCUGUCCUAACAAUGAUGACAUCAUGGGGACACGAAUUUUUUAUUUAAGAACUUUUAUUGAGAUACAGUUA